GCUCGGCUCGAGUUACCAACCGAUCUCUGGGUGUUGCAUACACACACACAAGCACACACGCACACACACGCGUUCACGCUUUCACCGUAGCGCGGACGGUUUUCCGGAGGAUUUGGGAAACAACAACAACAGAAAAAGAUGGGAAUGUUGCUGAGCUGAUUGAGAGCCACCUCGACCAGAGCAGGUCUGAUCCAUCCUUUCUGCACUUUAUUUUUCAUAAAUAUAUACUGACCAAGCGGGGAUUGAUCGGAAGGCAUUUUUACGCACUGGCAUUGCUCCGAGGCGGACUAGACUGCUUGCAGCGCAAUCCUCACGCUGAGAGCCGGGAGGGAUAUUUACAAUAGAAACUCAACUCCUUUGCGCAGAAGAAAAGCAAAGGAGGGAAGGGAGGAGGAGUGAAAGAUAACACUGGAAUGAGGAGGACCUCCAGAUUCCUGGCGUGCUGCGGAGUUGUGACUGAUGGCUGAAUGUGGUCAUCUGUAGGCUGAAAACGGGCGACAGGUACGGACACCAGCGCAGGAGCUUUUGACUGAGUCUCGAUUGGCUCGAUCCACUCGGAUCGUCGGAGUUUUUUGUUUCGUUUUUUAUUUUUUAUUUUUGCCCCACAAGGUUAAGGAAAAAGCAGGAAAGGUCCUCAGCCACAGGUCAUACAGGACACUCAUUGGGGGGGGGGGUGGGGGGUCCUUUUCCUCCAGAUCAUCUUGCGCACACAUCAGAUCACAUCAGUUCAGAUCAGUCAAGGACAAACAAACAAGGAGCUGGGGAUCUGAAACCGAUCUAAAGAAAAAGUCUUACAGAGGGACAUGUAUCUCACAGCGACCUCGCAUGCUCCCGACUGAUCAGCUCACCUUCCCACGGGCCGAAGCGCAGAUAAAGGCUCGUCAGGCAAGGCAGCGCCCCGUCGCUCCGGCUUCCCAGCUCACUCUCCUCUGCAUAAAUUCCCUCAGCAUGGCGGGGCUCGGAUGUUGGAAGUAUUACCUCUGGAUGUUUAUUCUAAUGUGCAGGUCGGCGCUACCCUCGGCUAAGUCGCUGGAGACUAUAAUUUGGAGCUCGCAGAAUCCCAAGUUUCUUCCUGGAAAAGGUCUUGUGAUCUACCCAGACAUCGGGGACAAGCUGGAUAUCAUCUGUCCCAAAGCGGACCAAGGAAGAGAUUACGAGUUCUACAAGCUGUAUCUGGUGAAGAGAGAACAGGCGGAGAGUUGCAGUACAGUACUCGACCCCAACGUACUGGUGAACUGCAACAAGCCUGAGAAGGACAUCAAGUUCACCAUCAAAUUCCAGGAAUUCAGCCCCAACUACAUGGGCCUGGAGUUCAAGAAGAAUGUCAACUACUACAUCACCUCAACCUCCAACGGCACGGUCGAGGGCCUGGAGAACCGCGAGGGAGGCGUGUGCAAGAGCCGAGCCAUGAAAGUCAUCAUGAAAGUCGGGCAAGUCCCAAAUGCAGCGAACCCAGAGGCGCCGGAAACCCCAGAGGACAACGCAAUCCCGGAGUCUAGCAGUUCCGGUCCACCCGACCCGAGUAAGACUGGGCCUGUGAUGCCAGGAAUCCCUGGCCCCAAGAUACAAGACGACCCUGGGUCCUCUUCCAGUUCCGACGGCUUCUUAAGCUCCAAGGUAGCCGUGUUCUCCUCCAUCGCGAUCGGCUGCAUCAUCUUUCUCGUGCUCAUCCUGCUCCUCGUCAUCCUGCUCAUCAAGAUGCGGAAGCGCUCCAGGAAAAAUGCCCACUCGCAGGCCCGCCCCUCGGCACUGUCGCUCAGCACGCUGUCUAACCCCAAACUGCCCGGCGGCACAGCCGGCACAGAGCCCAGCGACAUCAUCAUCCCCCUGCGGACAGAGAACAACUACUGCCCCCACUACGAGAAGGUGAGUGGGGACUAUGGUCACCCAGUGUACAUCGUCCAAGAGAUGCCUCCGCAGAGCCCUGCUAACAUCUAUUACAAGGUCUGAUGUGCUUCAAGGAGCCAGCGGUAACGGCCUGGAGAGAGAAAAAAGAGGAGCGCUUGAUUUACGUUCUUGGGAAGAACACUUUCCUUUGCAUUUUGGGGACUUGAAGCCCCUGUCAUUUGUACCACCUGCUGCACAAAUCUGGAGAAACAUGCACUGACCAGUCACCAGCGGGGUUGGGAGCUGACAGAUGAGAGAUCCUGUUUGUUUGGCUUUCCUCUAACCCUAACCCCCCCCCCUUCACUCCCGACCAUCGUCCCUCUCCCCUGUCUCCUCCCACCCUAUGCAUCUCCACCGCUGCUGGAGACUCGGGAGUGGAGCAACCGACCAACAGAUGGAACUCUAGCUUUGUGGUUCGCUGUGCCUGUUAAUAGACAGGAUGUAACUUAUCUCAGCUCCCUGAAGUACAGUCUGUGCUACACCCGAUAAACACACCAUCGCAGCACACGCCGGCCACGAAACAAGCAGGGGACACGGGGUCCGGAGAGCCGCUGAGCCUGCAACGUGUUUGUAAGCAAGAAAGGACAAUAAAAAGACUAAAGUGCGUGUAUGUGUUUGUGCCUUUGUGCAUGUGUCGGCGGUGCCCCGUUGCUGGGCCAGGAAAACUCUCCUGAUAGCUCAGGUAUCUUACACAGUGUGUGAAAUAAUGUGCUCCUCUCCCUUGUGCACCUCUGAUGUUUGCCUUACUUACUAUUUUUGAUGGAGGACUUCCUUGAACCCUGAUUAAGUUCACAAAGCAGUUGUAUUUUGUUAGACCUUUCCUACGAGUGCACAAUGUAUAGAACUAAACUGAUCGUCAUUUGACUCCAUCUCCUCACCGCCCACGUCAUCUCGUUGUUUUUACUCUCUUAAGAAGGACUUUAACCUGGACUAUCAAGGUGUGUAUGUGUGUGUGCAUGUGAACCCCUCCCUCCUGCCGCUCUAAAAUGAGUUCCAGCACUCCUCUGCCAUCUGUGUGUAUUUCAGGGUGUGUCCACAGUGAGUGUGGUUGGACAUGUCCAGACCAGUUUUUAUAUGAGGGGAGACUUUAUUGGAUUUGACGCUGAGAUACUGUAGCCUGAGCUUAAAAAAAGAGGGCGAUGUGCCAACAGACAAGAUCUGAAAAACACUCUUAAGGGUUCCAGUUGGCACCGAUCGGAUCAGCUUUCAGACAGGCAGGCAAGUUGGUAUUUGUUUGUUUUAUCUUUUGGAACCAAAGUUGAAACAUCAAAAAUAUUAGUUUUGGGGCGGUGGUCAGAUGGCUCUCCCUGAUUGGCUGGCCUACAUAGGUGCGACGCCCUACAUAUAGGUUUGGUUAGAGAGCUGGAAUACAGUAUCGUCAGAUGCCAGUUGACCACCAUCUUUAGAUGAGUCAGUGGAGCGCACAGUCAGCUUCGUUGCCAGCAUGUGACUAAUCUAUGUGCAAUCUUCCCGCCCACUCUCAUGAUGGAGAAGGGGUGGGGUGAUGGAGAAAACGUUCCUGUGACUAGUCCAUCACCUGAGAGGAUAACGGAGGUGGGAACAGGGGAAUGACGGGUGAGGCAGAGCAGGCUGAGGUGGUUUCAGCAGCGCUCACUUUGCCAUCCUCUCUCACCAGCUGUGCUUUGAAUAAAAAUGCUGCGUAGAAUAUUCAGCGAUGACACUACAGCCCAGCUAUCACACAGCCCAGGGCGACAGCAUCAAGGCGAGAGUUUACUGCAGCUGCACAUGUGAGGAGUGGGACAGGGAGAGGGGGGUGUCUUUGUGUGUACACAUAGGUGGUUAUUUGUGCUUAUAUUUGCAAUUUUCACUCAGUGGAUGUGUGCAAGUGCGUCUGAUGCUGUGACAGACUCUUGUUUGGGCCUGGGAACUGCCUCAAACAGACCGUUGGAGGGCUGCAGUCAAGGCUAAUUAUGGUGGCGAUAUGGCAAGCCAUUAGUGCCAGAUAUCGGCACUUCCAAUGCUCCUUGAAAAGAUAUGAUGUAAAAAUCACAGUUUAAUAAAUCCGAAUGAGAUAACAGUAGUCAAAAACCUUGUAUUUCACACCAGCGAGUUGUGUUUUGAAUACCUCAUUGAAUGCUGCCUAAUGCCUGUUUAAGAGGCGCUGAGAAAAAAGUUGUUCUAUCAGAUCAUAAAGCCAUCUUUUUCCGCUGCUUUUUUUAACAGGCAUUCAUUGCACAACUGCAUGACAUGAACAAAUGAAGUAAAAAGCGCAGGACACUGUAAAAGCUGGCAAAAUACCCACCAGAAUGCCAUAUUUACACCAGCAAUUGAAAGCGUUUUUACAGCGUCGUCCUGAUCAGUGACAAAGGGUUUUAUCAGGUCACCAAAUGACACUUUUUAUGGAGUGAGCGGGUAAAAAAAUAAGUUUUAUCUUUCAAACACCACUUUUUCAGCUGAUCAUAAUCAGGCAUGACUUGAAAAGUGCUGUUCAACGACUGCAUAUAAUAUCCCAGAUCAUCCUCAUUCUGGCAACUUUUAAUCAUCCUGACUUCUUAAACAUUCAUUUUUACAUCAUGUAUUUACGAGGCGGGCUGGAAAAGUACUGAUAUUAGGCACUAAUGUCUUGCCACAAUAAUAGGAGAUAGGGAGGACCAUUCAUGACAACAAGCUGUUGUUUGCACACACACGACAGCAUAAAACACAUCGAGCCCGAUGGAUCUUGGUUUAUCUCCAGUCAAGCUGGUCGUUUUUUCAACGACAGAGGCAACCCAUCAUCCGCUGCCUCAACCAGCACUAAUAUCACCCUCGGACAGGCGCUACUGAGUUAAAAGGCGACUCCAGCUUGAAGACUUGGGGAGGACUCCAGCGGCUCUUGUGUGUCGUUAACCUCUGAGUUAACAACCUCUGCAGCUGCUGGUGCUUUUUUGCGGCCCUGUGUUUUAACUCAGCAUGCAUCCCUCUGCAAAUCUCAUCUAGAGCAUAUAUUUUUGUUUCGGAUCACCGCGCCUCCAUUCAUCUACACCAGCUUGGGGAGUCAUUACCAAAUUACCGCAAAGCAUAUCUCAUUUUUAUUCAUUCUAGUGACCGCUUAGUGUUAUUCAAAUUCGGGAGGAAUUAUGAAAAAACAAAACAAAAAAAAGUAAGUAAGCUGAGAAAUGUAAAUAUAUGGAUAGAGCCCAGUUUAAGAUGUAAUUCCCACCUGAACACUGCUCAUAAGAAUUUAAAAUUAGAUUUUUGUAAUGGAGGAUGUUUGUAAAUAGCCGUCUUUUUAAAGUGUGUUUUGUAUGAAUCCUUGCAAUUUUUCUUUGUUUUCAUUUUCUUUUCCUUUAGACUUUAACUGAAUAUUGCAACAUGAGCUGUCUUUUACGCAGCAUCCAGUAUUGUCGAAAAAGUCUUUGUUACCACACGUGUUUUAAAAAUAUUAAUGAUAAUAAUAAUAAAAUAAAACUAGAAUUCAGAGGUUUUUUUUAUGUUGUCAUUCAACAGGGAUUUAUUUCAUCAGACUGAACCUUUGACAGAGAGUGGCUUUGAAAUGGAUAAGUUGCUAAACCUAUGAUGAUGUUGGAGGCACCACUUAACUGCAUAUGAAGACAGUGUUAUUCUGCUCCAUUUGAGUUAGCUUCACCCAUGGUGACAUUUUAACAAAAAGAUGCUGGUCCAAAAAGAAGAGUCUGAUUUCAGUUUUAAUAAGUCCAGAGGGCCAGAAGGGGACGGACACAGGAAAGGAGAGACAAGGAGAUGCAGAGAAAAGAAAGAGGCCACGUAUGAAAGUGUGACACUGGUGUGCUGACCAAUAAAUCAUCUAGUUUACACCACUCAUUAUCUCCCAGGCGGUCUUUUGAUUUAAAGGUGCUUCCUCUCCUCCUUCUCUCCCUCCACCCCUCUCCUUUGUCGUCCCCUCCUACCUGAUUUAGCACAAGAAUGCUUUAGGAUGGUUCCUGCUAUUUUUCAAAGCCACAGUAUUAUGAUUUGUUUUUGAUGUGCAUGUGAAACCAGAGCCUCUUGAAUUUAUUUUCCUUUUGUUCAAUUCACAAAUGUUAUUUUAUGUUUCUUUUUCUUGCCAUUCACUUAUUUACCGCUUCUCAGCGUAACCUGUUGGCACCAGCUACAAAGAAAACAUGUUCCACCAGUUUGGAAACUACAGCAUAUUGAUAAAUAAAAUUUUUCCCAUGGAA